UCAUCAAUCAUUUUUAAAUCACAAUAAGACGAUGUUUACCUGAUUCCAUGACCUUAAAACUGAAAAGCUGAAAAGCUGAGCAAGUGAGCUACUCAGUUACAAGGUAUUAAACUGCAGUAACAUGAGUGCAGGAGAGAAGACCCCACUCACAAAGGAGCAAGAUGGAGGUCCACCACCUGAAUACAGCCAGGGAGAAUAUCAACCACCUGAAUACAGCCAGGGAGACUACCAGGCUACAAAGAAACCUACAGUGAUGUUUUCCCCUCAGGCUGCAUCCUACACUCCCGAUCCCCUCACUGGAACUAUUCCCGAUGAUUACCUCAUUUCGUCCUUACUCACCAUUUUUUUCUGCUUCUGGCCUCUAGGCAUUGUCGCACUCUUGAAAUCUCUUGAGGUGAGGAGUGCUAUUGCCAGGGGGGAUCUGUUUUCUGCUCAAAUUGCAUCACGAAGUGCUCACAAAUUCAACAAGCUGUCUAUCAUACUCGGGAUCAUAUCAUUCGUCAUUACCCUCGGGGUAGUCCUGCUCUGCCAACUUGUUUGGAUCGUAUGACUAUAAUAGCACAGACAGUACGCUUGCUCCCUAGCUAGCUUUAAUACCAGUGUGACUAUUUGAAAUUAAAAUUAUGUGUUUUUGUAUAAUUAUUGUGGUAUCAGAAUUAUGUCAAUAGA